GGAGAAAGAUGCUCAUUUUCUAUCCAAAUGUGGCAUUAUUUCUGCUGUGCUCUUCAACGUGACCUAUGGACUGUUCUAUCUCCUAUAUUAGCUCAGGAGAUUCUAACAGAAGUGCUGGAGGAAUCAUUAGCACUUUUGGCUUGCCGAUAUUUUCAGGCCCAGCCCAGUUACAAACGGACACCACAAAUAAGAACAGAUGUCACAGCAAUCUUGAUGACCUGUGAAAACAUGCUGUGGUCAGUUUGUGGUUCCAUGCAAGAACUUUUAGAUCCACAUAAAGACAGAAAUCCUCGUAUUUAUAAUAUCCACAGAUACUGCAAUAAUUUACUUGCAGCUGCUCUUGUUUUAACUUCACCACUAGAGAAUUUGUUCAAAAAAGUUCAAAGCAUUUUUGAUUACUUGUCUUCAGAUAUUUUGGAACAAGCUGUUUACCAACCACUGCACUGGCUAGCCGGCAUAUCAGAGUUUUCCUCUUCAUUGUUAAAGACUCCAGCUGGAGAAAUGACAACUCAGUGUCAUCUGAAGUUACUAUUAUCCCAGCCAUAUUGUAACUGGAACUUGCUUUUGCGAACACUACUACAUCAUGAUUGCCGCUUAGUGAAAAUUUUGCUGAGAAGUUUUAAAUCUGAAUUGUCUACAAGUAAUGAACAAAGUACUUGUUUAGAUAUGAAAGAGAACAAUGACAUCAAUCUAGCUGAAGCAAUAUUUACAGUAUUGUCUUAUUGCACUUUAUCUCCCAAAUCUCUUGGUGAUGCCCUUCAGAACUACAUGGAAAAAGAACACAUGUGGGAUUUCUUACAUAAUAUAUCAGUUUCUAGUUGCAGUGAAUUAGAGCCAGAAGUUGUCAAAUGCUUGAAAUCGACUUUGAUUAAUUCAGUUAACGGAACAGUAAAGGAGAUAAUCUCCUUGAUGCAUUCAUGGGAAGCAUCAGAGAAAUAUGGCACCUAUCUGCCUAAUAAAACUGUUCCUGAAAGUUUGUUGAGUACAGUUCCAAAGGAAUGGAAUUACAUUUAUAAAGAUGUAAAAACAGAAGAUUCUAGGAAAAGUUUCACAAGGCUUGCUGCUCAAGUUCUAUCUAUUGUAAUCAGCAAUUUACCUUCUGUAAUAGCAUGUUUGCCAUCCCCAAUUAAAUAUUUCUUUUUAGUAUCUGAUAAAAAAAUACCAGAAAAGUUUAUUGAAUCAGAGAAAUACGGUUUUCUUGUCAAGACUUUGAUUAUAAUUAUAUGUCAGAUAUUUGAGGAUGGAAACAUCAUAGAACUUUUAACGGGUGCAAUUCUUGACAGAUGGAGCAAAGAAAAGCUUAGUUUAGUUUGCAUAUGUUUGGAAACUAUUAUAGGAAAAAAGAAAAAGAAUCCCAAACAAGCAAUUCAUAAGAUAAUUCAGAGCAUUGAACAGGAGAAGCCAAACUGGAUUGAAAAGCAACUACUAAAAGCAAAAAAACUGAGCACAGAAUGUACAAUUAUUACUGCAAAAGAUAGUAGGAGCUCAGAAGAGGAAACUAUUGAGCUUGAAUUGACUGAGCAGAAAAUAAACAUGAUGGCCUUGGAUAUCUGCCACAAACCAGGUGGCAGUGAAUACCUGAGGCAAAUUUAUCACAUCAUCCAGCUCAAUGAGGAUUAUUUGAAUAAACAGCUAUCUUACGAGGGAAAUUCUGAAGAAGAUCCAGCAAACAUCAGACAUUUACGUUUAAUAUUAAGAAGCAAAGAACAUUCUGUUUUUGACCCUUUCCAAGUGCACCACUGGUAUUGCACUAAUGUCUUAAAAAAGUGUGCCGUUAAUGAGUGGAAGUGGGAUUGGUCAGAUAUGCUGCCAAGUUAUUUGGGACAAAAUAGAAUCACCUUUGGAACACUGCUAGCACACAGAUGGGAGAUGAAAGAGAAAGAAACUUUGAAAGAGGAAGAAAGAGCGAUGCUAGAAGAAAUUCUAAAAAAUUAUCUCACACCACCUUCUCUUACUUCAGAAGAUGAGGAAUAACAGAGAACUUGAUAAGAAUAUCUUUUAGUUAUGCAUUCUUAAUGUCAAAGAAAUAGUUUUUUCUGAAAGCUGGCAUUGCAAAAAAACAACAACAACCAAAUCCCAACUAUAUAAUUUGUACAUUUUCUAUUUUAUUGGUACUUUCUAGGGAACGGAUGUAUCUUAUAUUUUAUAAAUGUGUUUUCUUGAUUAUUUUCUACUAAUAGUUUGUCACAUAUAAGACAGUUUUAACAAUUGUUAAUAUAAAAGUAAAUUAAAUAUAGUGCACUGCAUAAUAUACAAGAAACCUAAGGUAGCAUCCAUACAUACUUUAAAUCUGUUAUAUGUACUGUUUUUGGAACAUUUAGAAAGCAUAUCUUAAACAUGAAGCCUUUCCUUGUCUCUUCUAUAUUCUUAGUUAAAUACCACUAUUAUAUGUUCUUUUCUGGAUAUUUUCUAGAUAGCUGCAUAUGUGUUAGAAGCAAAAGUAAGAAUGACAGAUAAAUUGUUUUGCUUGAUUUACUGGCAUUACCAUUACAGUAGUCCUUGUUUAGUGACCAUUCAGUUAUGAGUGAUAAAAAGUAACUUUGUGAUCAAUCCUCAUAUUUACAACCUUCACAGAUCUGUAAAGCAAAGGAAAGAUGAAGUACAAACAUAAACGCAGCCACAGUUUCACUUAGCAACUGCUUUAUUUAGCAACAAAGUUGCUGGUCCCGCUUGAGUUCCUAAACAAGGACUACUAACAUAGUUACAUUCACACAUAUAACUUCUUUCUUUUUACAUAAAGUCCUCAAUAUACAACCAUGUCGGUGGUGGAUUAAGGCUCACUGGUGCCCUAAACACCGACAAAUCUUGGUUUGGCCCCCCUCCUUUGUACAUACUGUACAAAUCUUCAUUGGUUUUUUUUCUUUCUCAACUUUGUGGUGUACCCUUAGGCCUGAUGCCCUAAGCAAGUGCUUAGUCUGCUUAAUGGUUAAUGCACCACUGGUCCAUGUAUCUAUGUGUAUUUUUUUCUGUAUUAUGAGAACACAACGGAUAAAAUUGAGAAGAUAAAAUAUCACAAGCUACCUUUUCGUCAUAUUGAAGUAAUAUGCAUUUCAGACACUACAAGGAUGUACAUUUCAUAAUUGGAGGAAAUUCCUGCUUAUGGACAAUCUUUGUAGAAA